AUGGAUACACUAAAUCCUCCACCAGUAUCGUUAUGGCACACAGAUGAUGUUGAAAAAUGGAUGAAAAUAAACAAUUUAACUGAAUAUAUUGAUAAAUUUUGUAAUGAGAAUGAAAUUGAUGGUUUAACACUUUUAUUAAUGAAAGAAGAGGAUUUAAAAACUCGACCAUUAUCCAUUGUAUCUUUGAAAGAUAUUAAGAGAUUGUGGUACCAUAUUCGUUUAUUACAAUGCUCGGAAGCAAAUUUCUAUAAUCCGUUAACCAUACCAAAUGAAUAUUAUGAAAAAGUCAAUAGUACUCCAGUAUCACAAUCAAAAUCUGAUUUAACUAACCAUAAUAGAGAAAAUCACUCUGAACUGGCGCCGUCGAUUUUGUUAAGCGCAAAGACACAUAGUUAUCAAACAAAACCAAAUCCAAGAGUUUACUGUACUAUGUGUCGUGGCGAAAAGCGAAAAACAUUUUUUAGUUUUUUAUAUGCAUUUAUGAGUUGUCUAUGGACUUCCUACAUAAUGGCAGUUGUCCAUGAUCGUGUUCCAAAUACCACGAAAUAUCCACCGUUACCUGAUAUUUUCUUGGAUAAUAUUCCUUUUAUCAGCUGGGCAUUUUCUGCUACAGAAUAUCUAAUUUUUCUCCUGGGUAUUGCGUUUUUAUUAAUUUUGUGCUUUCACAAAUAUUGGACUGUUAUUCUACGUCGAUUUUUUGCCUUGAGUGGUACGAUUUUCUUACUGCGCUCAAUUACUAUGUUGGUAACAAGUUUAUCGGUACCUGGACCACACCUAGAAUGUACACCCUUCAAAUACGGUACAUUUCGCGAACGAUUUCUCCGUGGUUUAGAAAUAUUUUUGUUUCAAGGUGAUUAUAUGUUCUCCGGACAUACUGUUAUGCUUACCUUGCUUAAUCACUGCAUAACAGAAUAUACAACAUCGGAUUUUUAUGUUAUUCAUUUAAUAUCCUGGAUAUGCAACAUAUUUGGCAUGUUUCUUAUUUUGGCCGCUCAUGAACAUUAUACAAUUGAUGUCUUCAUAGCAUUUUUUCUUACAUCAAGAUUAUUUCUCUACUAUCAUUCGUUAGCAAAUAAUCUCGCACUAACUCAAAAAGAUACACGUUUAUCUAUUUGGUUUCCAAUGUUUAGUUAUUUCGAAAAGAAUGUGAAUGGUACUAUACCCAAUGUAUUUCGAAUUCCAUAUCCUUUCUCGAAAUUUCUAUCAUCCGAGGACAGAACCCGAGAAAAUGAUGGCGAUGAGAAUAAUAAUACGACCGAUCAUGAAGCGGCUGAGCAAACUAUACUUCAUUCGAAUAGCUAUUGUGAUAAUCCCGGUUGUUGUUCAAGAAAAGUUAAGUGA